CCUAUUAUCGAUAACAUCAGAAAUUAUUCCGUCACCGGCUGAAUCUUUCGAUGCCGAAGUAGGAAGGUGUGGCAGGCAGAUAUUUAGAGCCGGGGAACCAAAAACUGGUUGUUUGCCCUUUCUCCAUCCUUGUUUCCACCGCAAUUCAGAUUCCCCCUUCAUCCCCAUCAAAACGAAAAAGAGAAUGAAUCUUUUAAUCCCCAAUAUCCCACAGCAGAUCUCAUUCUCCAAAUCAGUGUCACUGUCACUCUCAGUAUCGGUGACACCCACUCCCCAGCCCCCCGUGCGCCCUCGGUUUCCCGCCAUAAUCCGAAUGGGCGGGGGACCGAGGACGUACCCGGGCGGGGUCUCCAAGUGGCAGUGGAAGCGCAUGCAGGCCAAGAAGGCCAAGCAGCUCCUCAAAGCCCGCCUCUCCCGCGAGCGUCACAUUUAUGAGAUGCGCAAGCGGGCCGAGCUCCGGGCCGCCGUCUCCGACCUCGAGAGACCCUGGGAGCCCGUCCAGCAGGCCCCCACCUUGUUCUCUGUGCGGGCCGACGAGCAGGUCAAGGUCCUCGCCGACAGGUUCCAAAGACCUGGUGGGUUUGACCUCUGGAGCGAGAAGGACGGGCCUCAGUUGUUUGAAACUCCUGAUGAGUUGCCAUCUGCAAGGUUCUUCCCCAAAGGGGUUGUUCAUAGUAUCAGGCCUUAUAGGAGGAUUGAUGCUGAUGAGUUGCUGGGGAAGGGUAGCGGGGUUAGUGAUCAUAGAGAUGGAGAGGAUUCUUCUUCUGCUGCAAGGUUUUUAUCUGAGGGUCUGGAUGAUGAGUCUGAUGAUCAGGAGUGUUCUUCAGCUUUGUUGAGCUCUUCAGAGAAUAAUGGGGUGAGUGUUCAUGGUGGAUUGAAGAAUGAUGGGAGGAAUGGACAGAGACUUUUGUUUGAGCAUGUUGACAAUGAAGGGUUUUCUUCUUCUCCUUUGGAUUAUGGGAGGAAGGGAUUGAAUUCUGGCGGCCGAAUGAGGAAGAAUAGGAAUGGAAGCAGGCUUAUGUCAGAGGGUGGUCGUGAUGGGUUUGAUAAUGAAGUGUGUUCUUCUUCUCCUUUGAGUUAUGGAAGAAGUGGAGGGAAUUAUGAUGGUAGAAUGAGAAGGAAUACGAAUGGAAGGAGGCCUUUUUCAAAGGAUGAUGAUUAUGGAUCUGAUGAUGGGGAGUAUUCAUUUUCUCCUUUCAAUUCUGAGAGGAAUGGAGUUGAUGGCAGAAUGAGGAAGAAUGGGAAUGGAAGGAGGUUUCCAUCAAGGGAUGUUAGUGGGUCUGAUGAUGGAGAGUAUCCCUCUUCUCCUUUCAGUUCUGAGAGGAAUGGAGGGAAUGUUGAUGGCAGAAUGAGGAAGAAUGGGAAUGGAAGGAGGUUGGCAUCCAGGGAUGUUAAUGGGUCUAAUGGGUCGUACUCUGGCCGAGUUGGUUCUGGUACGAGGCAGGGUUGGGGUAAUCCUAGUGCCAACAGAAGAGGUAGUGCCAACAGAAGAGGUGGAACAUACAGUAGCAGAAAUUCAAGCUAUGAUUUGCCAAGAUUCAGAGAUGCUAAUUCUGAAGUUUAUGAUAUGGAUUUGCAACAUGAUGGAAGUUACGGGUUCCACAGGAAGAGUGAGCAAUCUAAAUCUAGAAAUUGUUAAUGGUUUGAACACUCAGUCAAUCAAGGCAUUGUAGAGGAUGAAUCGAGUGCUGCUAUCGGCAUAAUGUUUCUUGAGGAAGGUGACAGAUGCGGAAAAUGUAUUGCCAUUUUGGUAGGCCUUUCUAGUCAGCUUAAUUCCUCAGAAUUUAUUGAUUCCAUGAAAACAACAAUGUCUUGUCUGAAUAUGCAGCAAGUUGAAUUUGCACAAGGACCUGUCAAAUACUGUAUUAUUUUGUAUAUAUUACGAGUCUUGAAAGAACAUUACUCGUUAUAGCUAUUUAUCAUUUAGGUCUUUAGUUGAAAUCCAUAGAAGUUUUAAUUUUCAUGAUUGCCAUGUAGUUCUUCUUGGGUGAUCUGUUCUUUAAUUCUGUGGUAACUGACCUAAAGUAUUAGUACGAAUGAGGUCAUAGAUUUGUUGAAAACAAUCUCAAUAUGAUGAAUUGCUGAUCAAUUCCUAAAUUGUAUUAUUCAGAGUA